UAUUACCAAAAAGGGCAAAGCAAAUCAAAGAUGGCUGCAUCCCGGUCGACAGACGGAAAUGAGCUGCAAAACAUGGCUUUUGUGCAAGUUUCUAACCUAAUGGACAACGAUUACUCAAGGUGGAUGGAAAAUUUACCAAAUGAGAAACAGCUCUGCCUAGUGAAUGAUUUAGUAAUUCCAGGAUCUCACGAUUCAGGGGCAUUUUUCUUGGACAAGUCGCUCGAGGUAGGUCCAGACGAGCCCCAAACGAUCCAGAACCUCGUCACAGUAUUUGGAAGACCGGCUAAAUCUGUUAUCUGCAGCUGGUCUAUAACACAAACUUUGAAUAUAUACGAACAGUUAAUGAAUGGGGUUCGGUAUUUAGACCUAAGAGUUGCUUUUAGACCACAAGACAAUGAAUUAAGAAUUGUCCAUGGUCUCUAUGGAUGCUCGGUGUUUGAAGUCUUGGAAGACAUCAAGAGAUUCGUCAGCGAACGCCCUAAAGAAAUUGUCUUCAUUGAUUUUAACCAUUUUUACAAUAUGGAUAGCGAGGCUCAUCAAAGGCUAGCAGAUACCCUUCUUGGGAUGUUUGCUGAGAUUUUGCGAGCACCUGGCGAUGACAAUAUGAAUUUCACUUUACAAGAUAUGUGGGGAAAUGAAGAAAAAGUUCUCAUUUUCUACCACAAUUCUGAUGUAACUGCUUGCUAUCCAUGUUUCUGGCCUUCAAGUUUCCUUAAUUCUCCGUGGGCUAACGUCUCUGACAAGAAAGAGUUGUUGAAAUUUUUGAAUGAAAAAUGCCUCAAGUCUGAGCUUUCUGCCAGUUGUUUUCAUGUAACACAGGGUGUGCUAACUCCCCAGACAUCAACUGUAAUCCAAAAUAUGUCAGGUUCCCUGAAGGAAUGUCUGGCUCUCAGGUGCAAUUUUCACUUCACUGGCUGGUUGAAAGCUUUGUGCGACAGUAAGAUUCACAAGUUUAAUAUCAUUAUUACAGACUUUGUAGAUUAUGGGGAGUUUAUUCCCACUGUAAUAAGUAUGAAUUAUUUUUACUAAGAGCCAUGGCCUUUGGAUGCUAUCGCAGUAUCUAGAUUACUGCCUGAAUAUGGAACUCAACAUUUCUUAUUUCAGCUUUUUGCAUAACAGUUUAACAAAUUCAUUUAGAGAAUAUGUUCCAACCUUCAAAUUUUAUCCUUACCCUGAGCAACCUCUGGGCUGAUCAAAGUUAGAGCACAGUUAGCUCACAGAUCUAAUCAGAAUUGUUUGUUAGAUUUUGUGGAGGGAGGAAAACCAGGAAAAGAUUGAGAAAAACCCUCAAAUCGAGGGAGAGCCCUUAUUUAACUCUAUCCAUGUAAUGAUACAUGAAAGAAUUGAAUCCCAGACCUCAGAGGGUCAAGUGUAUUACCAUGGUGGCAACCUUGAUGAGAAUGAGAAAAAUGGAGUAGAACCUUAAUUUACAAAUUUUAUUGGCAUUAUCAAAGAUGUGCAUGGCAUAGUAUACACUAUAUAUUGCAGAUUAAAAUGAAGGCAUUCAAUGAGUAUGCUACAUAUAGAGUAUCACCUCAGGGUGACCAGUUCCUCUGCUGAUGUAGGAUGAAUAGCAACACAGUUGUCAAAAUCCUUUUUCGUUGCUCCCAUUUUUAUGGCCACUGAAAAGCCUUGUAACAUUUCGUCAGCUGCAAGACCAAGAAUGUGCAGACCAAUCACCUGAUAACAUCAAAACACAAGUAAAACAUGUUAUAAGAGAAGCCUUUAAUAGCAGCAAUAUUCAGUCACAUAGAAACUUGGCUGUUUCAAAUUGUUUAAAUUUGGAAUGGUUUUUUAUUUGCCAUCAAUCAAAAGUGUACAUAGCCUCCUUUGCAGAUGUUCUUCAUGUCUGGAAAGAAGGCCAAAGUGUACAUACUACAUGUCAUUCUCUUGAGAAUAAUAUUGUUUGUUUGAGUUGCAUCCAUAUUCAUGUGUCUUCUGAUGCACAACCGUUAAACAAAGAAAUAUCACUCCAAGAAUGACACGGUCUGAAAUGGGAAAACAUUGCUACCAAACUAAAAAGAUCUAUUAUAUAUCAAUACAUGGGUUGAGUGCUAACACUUCAUCCAAGAAACAGUACAAACUAAAAGUCUAUUAUUGUUAAGUGCUAUUUAGCACUAAAUUGGGACUUAAAAUAAUGACCAAUGAGUCUCCAGUCAUGAUGACAAGCCAAAUUAGAUUUAGCUUGAUUUUAACUAGUUUGUGGCUCAACAUUACUAGUCAAAAUGGCUGGCAAGAUGAAGAUUUGACCUGACAAGUUCCAAUUAUGGGCAGACAUUGUCUGAUGUUUGGCCAUUAUUUUAAGCCCUGUACAUAGCUACUGGUAGUACUGUUUAAUGGAUUAAACGUUUGUGCUGUAAACUGUUGGUAACAAGCCCUACCUUUUCCUCAGGAAGAAGACAAAUCAGCUUCAUGUAGGUCUUGUGUUUCUUUUCACACAUAGCAUAGUACAUGUUUACAAAUGCUGAAGUGUAAAUUUUAAGGUUUUCUUUUCCGUACUUUGCUGUAGCCUCUUCUGCAAUGCAAUGGAAAAACAAACUAUGAUAGCCUAUUUGCAUUAAUUACACCACUAUAUACUACCACUACCAGAA